AUGGUUGCUAAAGAUACAAGCGAUGUAAACAUUCUGGGUAGUUGGUCAACGACUGAUUCAUCAGUUAAAGUUAUUUCUUGCAACGGUACAUUUUCAAAUGGUAUUACUCAAAUAUCAUCAACCAAUAAAACUCAAAUUCAAGCAACUUGGUCUCCUCCAUCCAAUGUACCUCAAGGAAAUAUUGUCAUUGAAAAACUUGGAGAUCUUCGAUGUUAUUGGUAA